AGCAGAGCUGUGCGUAUAUAAACGUGCAAGCACCUCCCAACCUUCAGCAGUUGUUGCAUCGACCCCGUUGGGUACAACACGCAACGCAAACGUCCCCCUAAAAACUACAGGAAAACAAGCCUUUUCUUCCUCCUCAAGUCCGCUUUGUCACCUCUAGACGACAACAUGCGCGAGUGUAUCUCCAUCCACGUGGGCCAGGCCGGCGUUCAGAUCGGCAACGCCUGCUGGGAGCUGUACUGCCUGGAACAUGGCAUCCAGCCGGACGGACAGAUGCCCAGCGACAAGACCCUGGGAGGCGGGGACGACUCCUUCAACACAUUCUUCAGCGAGACCGGGGCCGGGAAACACGUGCCCAGAGCCGUCUUCGUGGACCUGGAGCCAACUGUCAUCGACGAGGUGCGCACCGGGACCUACCGCCAGUUGUUCCACCCUGAGCAGCUGAUCACCGGCAAGGAGGACGCCGCCAACAACUACGCCCGCGGACACUACACCAUCGGCAAGGAGAUCAUCGACCUGGUUCUGGACAGGAUCCGCAAACUGGCCGACCAGUGCACCGGCCUGCAGGGCUUCCUGGUGUUCCACAGCUUCGGCGGCGGCACCGGCUCCGGCUUCACCUCCCUGCUGAUGGAGCGUCUGUCGGUGGACUACGGCAAGAAGUCCAAGCUGGAGUUCUCAAUCUACCCGGCUCCUCAGGUGUCCACCGCCGUGGUGGAGCCCUACAACUCCAUCCUGACCACCCACACCACCUUGGAGCAUUCGGACUGCGCCUUCAUGGUAGACAACGAGGCCAUCUAUGACAUCUGCCGCAGGAACCUGGACAUCGAGCGUCCCACAUACACCAACCUGAACAGGCUGAUCAGCCAGAUCGUGUCGUCCAUCACCGCCUCCCUUCGCUUUGACGGCGCCCUCAACGUGGAUCUGACGGAGUUCCAGACCAACUUGGUGCCCUACCCUCGUAUCCACUUCCCUCUGGCCACCUACGCCCCCGUCAUCUCCGCAGAAAAGGCGUACCACGAGCAGCUGUCGGUGUCCGAGAUCACCAACGCCUGCUUCGAGCCCGCCAACCAGAUGGUCAAAUGCGACCCCCGCCACGGCAAGUACAUGGCCUGCUGCCUGCUGUUCCGCGGAGACGUGGUGCCCAAAGACGUCAACGCCGCCAUCGCCACCAUCAAAACCAAGCGCAGCAUCCAGUUCGUGGACUGGUGUCCCACCGGCUUCAAGGUGGGUAUCAACUACCAGCCGCCCACCGUAGUCCCCGGCGGGGACCUGGCCAAGGUCCAGAGGGCCGUGUGCAUGCUGAGCAACACCACCGCCAUCGCCGAGGCCUGGGCCCGACUGGACCACAAGUUUGACCUGAUGUACGCCAAGCGCGCCUUCGUCCACUGGUACGUGGGCGAGGGCAUGGAGGAGGGCGAGUUCUCCGAGGCCAGGGAAGACAUGGCCGCCCUGGAGAAGGAUUACGAGGAGGUGGGCGUCGACUCCAUCGAGGGCGAAGGCGAGGAGGAAGGAGAAGAAUAUUAAAAAGGCACAGAAAACGUCCUCCAGACAACUCGUCUCCUGUUGCUGUUUUAAAUUCCUUCAAAAUGUUCACCUUGGCUCCAAAUAAAAUUUGUGACAAGUGA